ACAUCCUGUCUGUUUUGGUGCGAUCUGAUUGGCUGACGGUGCUCACGGAGUUGGCGCCGCCGCGAGCCCCCGUGUUGUCUUCAGAACGCUGUCCAGAAGAAUUGCUCGUAUUUGCCGCUAUUAGCGAUUCAAUUGCGACACAAUGGCUGAUAAAGAAGCUGCGUUCGAUGAUGCUGUGGAGGAGAGGGUGAUCAAUGAGGAGUACAAGAUCUGGAAGAAGAACACCCCUUUCCUCUACGACCUGGUCAUGACUCACGCACUUGAGUGGCCCAGCCUGACCGCCCAGUGGCUGCCUGAUGUCACAAGGCCAGAAGGGAAAGACUACAGUGUGCACAGACUCGUCCUGGGGACACAUACUUCUGAUGAGCAGAAUCACCUUGUGAUCGCUAGUGUUCAGCUCCCGAAUGAUGACGCCCAGUUUGAUGCCUCACACUACGACAGUGAGAAAGGAGAGUUUGGAGGCUUUGGGUCUGUAAGUGGCAAAAUAGAGAUUGAGAUCAAGAUCAACCAUGAAGGAGAAGUGAACAGGGCCCGCUACAUGCCUCAGAAUCCUUGCAUCAUUGCCACCAAGACCCCCACCAGCGAUGUGCUGGUCUUCGAUUACACAAAGCACCCCUCCAAACCUGUAGACCCAUCGGGAGAAUGCACCCCAGAUCUGCGUUUGAGAGGUCACCAGAAGGAGGGAUAUGGCCUCUCCUGGAAUGCAAAUCUCAGCGGCUGCCUGCUCAGUGCUUCUGAUGAUCAUACAAUCUGCAUGUGGGACAUCAGCGCAGCCCCUAAGGAAGGAAAGAUUGUGGAUGCCAAGACCAUCUUCACAGGCCACACUGCUGUGGUGGAGGAUGUUUCUUGGCACCUGCUCCAUGAGUCGCUCUUUGGCUCUGUGGCUGAUGACCAGAAACUCAUGAUCUGGGACACGCGGUCCAACAACACCUCCAAGCCCAGCCAUGCAGUGGAGGCCCACACAGCUGAGGUCAACUGCUUGUCCUUUAAUCCAUACAGCGAGUUCAUCCUGGCCAGCGGCUCUGCAGACAAGACGGUUGCUCUCUGGGACCUGAGGAACUUGAAGCUGAAGCUGCACUCGUUUGAGUCUCACAAGGACGAGAUCUUCCAGGUUCAGUGGUCACCUCACAACGAAACCAUCUUGGCCUCCAGCGGCACUGACAGGAGGCUCAACGUCUGGGACCUCAGCAAGAUCGGAGAGGAGCAGUCACCAGAGGAUGCUGAGGACGGUCCUCCUGAGCUGCUGUUCAUCCACGGCGGACACACAGCAAAGAUCUCAGACUUCUCUUGGAACCCCAACGAGCCGUGGGUCAUCUGCUCUGUAUCAGAGGACAACAUCAUGCAAGUCUGGCAGAUGGCUGAAAAUAUCUACAACGACGAGGACCCAGAAGGAGCUGCAGAUUCAGAACUCCAGGCAUGAGUCGUGUCUCCAAGUGUCUUCGUUUGACCUGUUUGUUCAAAAUGGAUCCAUUUUCCAGUGCCGGGCGCAUCAGCAGCGAUGUCUUUUCAAAACACAGUUUGGGCAUCAGUGAUUUUGUAGAACAUUUUAAGAACAAAACGCUGCAUUGUCGUCGUGAAGUAUUUAUAUGAAGUCUGUAUCAGUCAGUUUUAUAGAUCUUGUAAGGUUUUCUAACUCCCUAAACUCAAAUCCCUCCACUCAGCUCAAAUCAGCCGGCUCGCGAUGAUCUCAGAUGUGUUCGUCAACUUUCAAGUUUGCUUUUCGAUGGUUUGACUUUCCUUCUGAUUAGUUAUGCUGAAAACAUUUCCACAGGGAUCCAUCUUUGAUAAAACAAUUGUACAUACCUUAGGUUUAUCUUUGCUCACUUUUGUAGUUUUCUGAAUGUGUGUCCUGUCACUUGUACGUGUUCUCUGUCCUCUGCUGUCUGGGCUGUAUCUGAUCUUUUGUGUUCUUAAAUAAAUUCGUAUUUCUUUUUUUUUUUUACAGUAAA